AUGGCUCCUAUUCAUCACCGUGCUACAAUCAUCGGCUCUGGACCUGCUGGUCACACUGCUGCCAUUUAUCUCGCUCGUGCACAAAUGGAACCCAUCAUGUUUGAAGGCAUGAUGGCAAACGGUUUUGCUCCUGGAGGUCAAUUGACUACAACCACUGAUAUCGAAAACUUUCCUGGAUUCCCCAAAGGUAUUCUCGGUGGUGCUCUAAUGGACCAAAUGCGUGAACAAUCCGUCAACUGUGGCACUGUCAUUGAAACUGAAACCAUCACCAAAGUCGAUACUAGUGUACGUCCUUUUAGAUUAUGGCGUGAGGGCAGUGAUGAACAAAGCGAACCUACUGAUACCACGGAUGCUCUUAUUAUUGCUACCGGUGCCUCUGCUAAACGUAUGCAUUUACCUGGCGAAGAGAAAUACUGGCAAAAUGGUAUCUCUGCCUGCGCUGUAUGUGAUGGUGCUGUCCCCCUCUUUAGAAACAAGCCUCUUGUAGUCAUUGGUGGUGGUGAUUCUGCUGCUGAAGAAGCCAUCUAUCUCACAAAGUAUGCCUCUCAUGUACAUGUUCUCGUGCGUCGUGAUCAAUUGCGUGCCUCCAAGGUCAUGGCAGAUAGAUUGUUGGCCCAUCCUCAUGUCACUGUUCAUUUUGAAACUGUACCUACUGAAUGUGUUGGUAAUGGCGAUGUCCUCACAGAGGUAUUCACUCGUAAUACAAAGACUGGUGAAAACGGAUCCAUUGAAGCAAGUGGUCUUUUCUAUGCCAUCGGUCAUACUCCUGCCACUGAAUUAGUCAAGGGCCAAUUGGAUCUCGAUGAAAGUGGCUAUAUCAAGACUGUUCCUGGUUCUGCCUCCACAAGUGUCGAAGGUGUAUUUGCUGCUGGUGAUGUGCAAGACAAGAGAUACCGUCAAGCAAUCACAUCCGCUGGAACUGGUUGCAUAGCUGCUUUGGACGCUGAAAGAUACUUGACUGAACUUGAAGCAUAG